AAUUAGCUGUCGUAUGUUAUUGCCUUUCUGAAAUCCCUAUGUGCACUCCCCCCUCUGCCCCACGUUUUUGCUCCUUGUACUUCCUGUAGUUGUCCUGCAUCACCAUUUCGUUCGUUGCUGCUGCCGUGUGAUAUUGUGUACAACCGGGUGUGUGUGUGUGUGUGUAGAGUUGUUUCGAUGAGCAUCUUUUUCAUGGAAGGCUUUGUUGGUCCGCAUCAGUGUUCAACUUCUUCCUGUAGAAAUAGUUAGCAUUUGCAUCGCAGAGUUUAUGGUAACAGCUACGGGAUCCCCGAUAGAGGCCAUCGUUUGUGUGGCAAUAACAAUACGCGAGCUGCACAAUACGCAACGUGGAGAACGCAAAACGACCUAUGCUAAAUUUGAAAAUGAUAGAUAGGAAGUGUGUUAUGGUGGCAUCGAAACCACAAAAUAAUGAUUCAACGACUAGUGCUGCCAAACCGAUUUUGCACGAGCAGUUGCUGCAAGAGCUAAAUGCUCCGCUACAUUCUGCCACGACUUCGGGUAAUUCCAAAACGGCUUCUUCUUGUUCCAUCCCGAGCAUGCCAAACAAGCAAAAACAAGUACAAUAUAAAGUAUCAAGAUCGCAAUCAAUCGGGACUCAAACGAUGUCUGUUGUUGAUGACAACUCGUGUCUGAAUAUAAUAUUAAAAAAUUGACCGAAAUUCAAU